GAAAAGAGGUGGAGAGGGGGGGAAAUAAGAAAGAGAGAGGAGGAAAGGAGAGAAGGCAGGAAGAAGGCAAGGGAGGAUACAACCAUGCUGUGCUGUAUGAGAAGAACCAAACAGGUUGAAAAAAACGAUGAGGACCAAAAGAUUGAACAAGAUGGCAUCAAACCAGAAGAUAAAGCUCAUAAGGCUGCGACCAAAAUUCAGGCUAGCUUCCGCGGACACAUAACAAGGAAAAAGCUCAAAGGAGAGAAGAAGGGCGAUGCCCAAGCUGCUGAGGCCGAGGUGAGUGAGAAGAAGGAAGAUGUCCCUGCUGCUGGUGGUGCCGAAAAGAAGGAGGGAGAGGGUUCCACUACCACCGAGGCAGCCCCAUCCGCUGGCCCCAAGCCCGAGGAAUCCGGCAAAGCAGGAGAAACUCCUUCGGAGGAGAAGAAGGGGGAGGGCGCGUCCGAUGCUGGUGCAGAGCAGGCAGCCCCCCAGGCCCCUGCCCCCUCAGAGGAGAAGGCCGGCUCUGCUGAGACAGAAAGUGCCACUAAAGCUUCCACUGACAACUCGCCGUCCUCCAAGGCCGAAGAUGCCCCAGCCAAGGAGGAGCCUAAACAAGCCGAUGUGCCUGCUGCUGCCACUGCUGCUGCUGCUGCCACCACCCCUGCUGCAGAGGAUGCUGCCACCAAGGCAACGACCCAGCUUCCGACGGAGACUUCGGAGAGCAGCCAAGCCGAGGAGAAGAUAGAAGCUGUAGAUGAAACCAAACCUAAGGAAAGUGCCCGGCAGGAGGAGGAUAAAGGAGAAGAACGUGAGGUGGACCAAGAACAUGCCUGAACUCUAAGAAAUGGCUUUCCACGUCCUCACUGUCCCCUCUCCGGGACCCUGUCUCUCCCUCCCUCUUCUCAGCUCCACUCUGAAGUUUCCCUUCCUGACCUGCUCACACCUGUGAGUCUGUCCUCUCCCACCCACUAGCCCUCUUUCUCUCUAUGUGGCAAACAUUUAAAAAAAAAAGCAGGAAAGAUCCCAAGUCAAACAGUGUGGCUUAAACAUUUUUUGUUUCUUGGUGUUGUUAUGGCGAGUUUUUGGUAAUGAUGAUCCAAUCAUUUUGGGAAAUUCUUGCACUGUAUCCAAGUUUUUUGAAUUGGUGCGUGUGGCCCUGUGGGAGUCCACUUUCCUCUCUCUCUCUCUCUGUUCCAAGUGUGUGUGCAAUGUUCCGUUCAUCUGAGGAGUCCAAAAUAUUGAGUGAAUUCAAAAUCAUUUUUGUUUUUCUCCUUUUCAAUGUGAUGGAAUGAACAAAAAGAAAAAAAUUCAAAAACCCAGUUUGUUUAGAAAAUAAAUAAAGCAAAUGUGCCAAUUAGCGUAACUUGCGGC